AUGGAGAACAUCAUACACAUUGAUGAGAAAUGGUUCUACUUGAACCCAGAUACAAGGAGAUUUUAUUUAUUGCCAAGAGAAGAUGAUCCAUAUAGAUGUUGCCAAUCAAAGAGAUUCAAAAUCAAAGCCAUGUUUAUGGGGGUGACAUCAAAACCAAUUUAUGAUGCUGAAGGUAAUCUCAUUCAUAAUGGCAAGUUUGGUAUCUUUCCUUUUGUAGAGAGGGUGGCAGCAAAAUACACUACCAAAAACAGAGAAAAGGGCACUAUUAAAACCAAGGUUGUUGAGAAGAUCACUCAGAAGGUCAUCAGGGACAUGAUUAUACAACAUGUACUGCCAUCUAUAAUGAGUAAAUGGCCUGCUGGUCUGUCCAAGGAUAUAUUCAUCCAACAGGACAAUGCUAGGCCUCACAUACAAGGAAAUGAUGAGGCAUUCAAGGCAGCAGCAACUGAAAAUGGGUUCAACAUCAUGCUCAUUCAACAGCCACCUCAGUCCCCAGAUUUAAAAGUUCUUGAUUUAGGGUUUUUUAGAGCCAUACAAGCUUUAAUGUAUCAAACUUUUUCUAAGAACAUAGAUGAGCUAAUUGAAAAUGUGCAAGAUGCAUAUGACAAAUUUGACCCUAGUGUUAUGAAAUACACAUGGUUACAAUUAUAG